ACAAAGCAAGACACGGGCUGGAAUCGUCGACGAGGUACCGCCAAGUAGCCGAACAACUAGCAGGGCAGGGCAGGGCAGGGCAUGGCACAUGUACGCUGCGUAUAGUUAGGCAUGCUGUACACGAUACUAUACAUACCUACCUACACACGUCGUCGAGUAUAGCCAGCCGUCCGGGGUCGACCGUGGUAUGGAUUCUGGGUAUUCUGGGCCCUUUUUUUUUUGUUGCCCGCCCGUGGGGUCCGCCGCCACGUGGGUUAGCCAGCCAGCGGCUAUCCCGAAGUUCACUACAUGGCUCGCUCUCUCGCUAGGCUGGGGAGUGAGUUUUACGGCUUUUUGGUCUGCGUUGUCUGAACAUAUGUGUGUGGGCGUGUGUGUGCGUGUGUGUGUAUGUGUGUAUAUGCAUGUAGGGCUUUGCAGGGGCGGUUCGAACCGUUCCCGUCGCUGGUCCGGUUAAAGGUAGGUACCGUGCCUAACUAACAUAACAAACAUCCAUGGUUGUCUGGGAUUAGGUUGGGGGGUUGGGUACGCGGCCGAGAAGGGAAGGCUGGAAAAAAAGCUGUGCUGUCGUCGCGGGAGAGGCUACCUAUCCCGGAACAGGGUAUAUAUUAUGCACACACGCAUACACAUACACAUAUACACACAUACAUACACGUUUCCGCACGGGCAACAUUCGCUACAAGAAGCGUCGUCCGUCCACCACGUUCCAGGAGCGCGGAAGUCUGCCUUUGCUGUCACUCGUCCACGGUCUACAUGCUAUCGACGUGUAUGACGUCUGACGGUCUCGCCAGGGGUGCUGCUGGCGCUUGUCUGUGGGAACGCUGCUACGUGCGUACAUACAUACCUACCUACCUACAUA